AUGGCAGUGUCGAACAUGGUAUUUUCUGACGUUGAAAGUUUUCUCGACAAGCAUCCUGAGUUGUUUGAGGACUACCUAAACAGGAAAGGAAAGCAUAGUAUGGUGGAAAAAUGGAUCAAGAAUCACCAGGCAGGUAAAACGCCAGCUGCGACCCCAGCAGAGCCAGAGAAGACCACGGUGUGCAAGGACAGCUGGGCGAGCAAAGGUGACGGUCUUAAUCGGCGGACCUCGCAGAAAGAACUGCGGAAAACUUUCGCCAGAUCAAAAGCUAUGAACUGUAACAGAACAUACGACGAGCAUGUCAAUUCCAGAGCCCAGGAGCCGCUGACCAGCAUGAGACGCCGAGCUCUGCUGAGGAAAGCCAGCUCUCUCCCCCCUACGACAGCUCACAUCCUGAGCGCUCUCCUCGAAUCGCGUGUGAACAUUCCUCAGUAUCCAUCCACAGCUGUUGAUUUCAAAUAUUACCUGAAGGAACACAAUGAAAGAGAGUUUUUCUUGGAACUAGUUAAAGACAUAUCUAACGACUUGGAUUUAACAAGUCUCAGCUACAAAAUCCUGGUGUUUGUAUGUAUUAUGGUUGAUGCCGACCGCUGUUCGUUAUUCUUAGUGGAGGGUUCAGCCAAUAAGAAAACCCUGGUAUCCAAAUUCUUCGACGUCCAUGCAGGUAUCACAGUUUUACCAUCUCUGACUAACUCGGAUGAAGUUCAGGUCCCAUGGGGGAAAGGAAUCAUUGGAUAUGUCGCUGAGCAUGGUGAAACUGUCAACAUCCCUGAUGCCUAUCAGGACCGUCGCUUCAGCGAUGAGAUUGACAAGCUGACUGGCUACAAGACCAAGUCCCUGCUCUGUAUGCCCAUCCACAACAGUGAUGGAGAGAUCAUCGGGGUGGCCCAGGCCAUUAACAAGAGCCCUGGAGGAGUGGUCUUCACUGAAGACGACGAGAAGAUCGUCAGGACUUUGUGGUCGAGGACUGGAUCAGCUCUAUCUCUGCUCUACGGGACGUCUGCUACGCUGGAACACCACCACUUCAACCACGCUGUCAUGAUCCUGCAGAGUGAGGGCCACAACAUAUUCUCCAACCUGUCCUCCAGAGAGUAUGGAGACCUCAUGCAGCUGCUGAAACAGUCCAUCCUAGCCACCGAUCUCACUCUGUACUUUGAGAACAGAAACACAUUCUUUGAGUUGGUCAGCAAAGGAGAGUACAACUGGAAUGUCAAGACCCACAGGGACAUGUGCAGGUCCAUGUUGAUGACAGCGUGUGACCUCGGGGCCGUCACCAAGCCCUGGGACAUCUCCCGCAAGGUCGCAGAGCUGGUGACCAGCGAGUUCUUCGAGCAAGGGGACCGGGAGAGAUCGGAGCUGAAGCUCACCCCGUCUGCCAUCUUCGAUCGGAACCGGAAGGACGAGUUGCCGGGUCUUCAGCUGGAGUGGAUCGAUGGGAUCUGCACACCGCUGUAUGAGACUCUGGUGAAACUGAACCCAAAGCUCCAGCCAAUGGUGGACAUGAUCCAAGCCAACAGAGGCAGAUGGGAGGAGCUCAACAACGAGAGGCAGCGCGGCCAGAGCCCCUCCAGUCCCACAAGCCAUUGCGGCAGCGUCGCCACGGAGACCAGCGGCUGCCCCCCCAGCCACGCGGGGACGGACGGCGACCCCCCCAAACCUGCCAGCUAGUCUCCGCCUCCCCCCCACCCUCCUCCGGGCCUCCUUUAUUUCUGCCUCGCAGCUUCAGUGCUCUUCCACGCCACCUGCAGGCUAGGCAGUGCAGUGCAUCUUGGGCUCUGCGCCU